GCUUGGUCCUUCAGAUAUUAGAUUCCUGUUUGCAGUCAAAUGCCAAAGUGAAGGUGGUUAAAGUUAGACACUAGAAACUGCAGCUUUUAGGCGUUACUCAUGUCACACUGUCAGCAAUCUCAGGGCACAUUUUGAACAGUGAAUGUAUUUGAUAAGGACAUUCUGACAUGUUUGCAAGUGGAAAACUGCUGUCAUUAUUAUAGACCUGAGGGCAUAUAGUCAUGAGUGAAUAACACUGAACUAAAGAAAGUGAUUGUCUAAAGAAAGAUUGUCGGCACAGCCUGACUCGUGAGGUAAUCCUAGUUUUGUUUCAAACACAAAGUUUAGGGAAGAACAGUACCAGUGACAGGGCUCAGCUGCACCGAAACAGAAUGACCUUAAACUAAAGGGACCUUAAAAGAUUUAGUACAGAUUAGACUCACUUUCAGAGAAAGGAUUUUAUUCCUGACACUUUGAUCCCCUGACCUGUUAGAUGACACCGUGUCACUGCUACGCUAACACUUUGUUUUAUACUGUGUAAUACAUGCUUACUUACUUGUCUUGUUCACAUCACAGGUGCUGAGGACAUAUUGAGAAUAUUGUUACUGGAGGUCACUAGAGGUAUUCAGUACAUGAAUGGACAAAUCUUUAACAUUAAGCUGAAGUCAGUGGGUUAAGUUAUUAGUAUGACUGACCACAUCGGUAGCUUUUUGCAUCAAUGCUCCUCUUCUUCCAUUAUAUUUCAUAUGUAAAUCUCUCCUUUGACGUAUCGCUGUUCCUUCCUAUGUACAUUUUUGUGAAGAAAUCAAAUCUGGUAUGGGUUGUAUUCUCACAAUGGUUGGCUGUGUUAGGACAGAUGGGCACAAAAGCCUUUAAAUACACUGCAACUUUGUUCUGGAUCAAUGUGUACAGGAGCAGUUAAAACUGUGAGAGCUGAGUAAUGUUGUGAAUUUAAGUCACUUUUAUAGAAUCUGAAACUAGUGCUUUUUUGUAAAUGCUUUUGUUUAUUUAUUUAUUUGUAACUUUUUCAGUUCUGGCAAAUGAUACCUGUGUAUGCAUCUCUAGAUGUGCCUAUUGUAGCAUGUGGCAUUAUCUUGCUUAUUGUGUUUGUAACGAUGUUGUAACGCUGCCGUCUUGGCCAGACCCCUCCUGCAAAAAAAAAAAAAAAAAAAAAGAUUUCACUCUCAAUAAGAUUUUUACAAGCUUAAAUAAAGGAAAUGGAAAUGGCAGUUCAGCUGUGACAGACACUAUUAAUAGUGAAAACUCGUGAAAGCCACAGAAAUAAUCAUGACCCAAGAACUCUGUUAAUUAGGUGGUUUCAGUUCUGUUAAGCCCAGAGUGAAUAAAACAUUUCUAGUCAAAUACAACAAUCAGACUUGGCUGAUGACAGACAGAUGACCUGUUGUACUGUCACAGCAUUUGCUACAAUGUCACUUCCCAUGAAGCCUUAAACUGAUUUAUGUCCACCUUUUACUCAGUCACUCUUACACUCAGCAAUGCAGGGAAAUGACACAUUAUUUUGCUGACUCGAAUUGUUUCAUCCAGUUCAGUUCAAAGAUUCUUGAAUAUCACUGACUAUGUUCAUUUGUUCACUUAUUUUUAACAUUCCAAUGCACUUUACCCAACAGUAACUUAACGCAUCACUGUUGAUACCACUGAGAUGUUCAGUGCUGAUUCUGACUGUCAUCGUUUCAGUAGAAAGAUCAAUAUGUUGCCUAUUCAAGCUGUUAUGUUCAGUUAAGUAUAAAACAAAACAUAUACACACUCUGUUUAUAAGGUCAAUAGCUCAGCAGCUAUUAAAAGCUAUUUAAAGCUGAGUUACCACAACAUGAUUUCUUUCUGUGGUUUAAAAAGCUUUUAACCAGGCAGUAAUAACUGCGUGUCACUGCUGAGCUGACAACAGUGUUGUCAGACACCAGUAAGGGCAGCUCAUCUGCUAAAAGCUACUGGUUUUGGGCAGUAAAGCUUUACAAAUUUGUACGUGCACCUAUGAACACCCCAAUUUGGGUGGCUAUACCACCAGCAGAAGCCUGUGCCACUCUGUGGUGCAUGAGCAUAGAUGGAGAAUGUCAGUUCUGUGCUAAAGUGCAGUUUCUUACUCUGUUGCCAGUGUAUUUUUUGCAGAUACACUCUUAGGGUCAACUGUAUUCACAAAACUGAGCAGUAAUUAGCCUUUUGGGGCCUAGUUAGGCCUAUUUGAUCCUGGGUUAUGUCUGUCAGGCUACACAGAGGUUGUCCUACCCAUCUGGUUGCUGGAUCUCUGCAGGCCAGUCUGCACAAUCUACACAGGAAAAAACUGGAUUUUGAUUUAUAGGAAGAAAUGUCUAAUACAUCUGUCACUUUUUCAAAACAACAGGUUCAAAUUCAAACCAGAAUGUAAUUUGAGUGCCAUGCACACAAAGUAAACCUCAAGUACACUAAAGAACUAAAGAAACUGACAUUGUUCUGUCUGUUCCUGGUCCCUCUGCUGCUUCACUGGAGUGACACAUCACUGUUACUGUGAGGCAGCUGAAUGUUAUAGUGUCAGCAAACAGCCUUAUCUGUAUCCACAAGUUUUGCAUCUUAUGCACGUGUCAAAUCAAAAGCUGUACUUCUCAGAUUUGUUGGGGUUUUUUUGGCAUGAUAUUCAUUCAGCUCACUAGCUUUUCCAUUUUGUGUUAAAGAAAAGAAAAGCUUCAUUUGUUGAUAGUGCAGCAGUGCAUGCAGUGUGUCAGGCAUACAGUAAACUGACAAAAAUGUCCCCAUAUUUGAAUGUUAUUGCUAUUUUCUAAUGCAAAUAGCUGCCUGGUGUGUAAGGAGCAUUCUCUUUAAAGACACAGACAAGGCUUAUGACCAUUAUGACAGGCAUGAAGACCAAUUUCAUCAUAAGGGCAUAAUUAACCAAUAAUUCUUUGCUGUGGUAUUAAAAAUGCUUUUGUCAAACCAGUUCACCAGGGGUAAGAGUAUUUUAAGCAUUUGACCAAAUGCUACAAUAUUUAACUACUAAGUUAGGAGCCAUGGUUUUUGAGGAUGUUUAUAUAUAAAAUACAAAAUGGAUGCUAUAGAUAUUUAAAAGCUAAAAUCCAUCGGUGUUGUCAGUGAAACCUUGAGAGGAAUAACUAUACAGGCAACAGAUCUUAAGGACACAGUAAACUGCACAUUAUCAAACAGUUUUCCAGAAAACGAGGCCUGUCUUUAACGCAGUAAACCAGGAUGUUGCCUCAGAGAGUGUUUCUGUGCAGUCUGAUGCUGAGGACGACAGUGAAGCUCUAACAAGACCCUGCCUGCUCUUCAUCACUGUAGUGCCAGAUAUGCGCCUAGCCGGCAGUCAGGAGGAAUAUGGGCAAAUCCGAAAGCCAAAUGGAUAUCAUGGAAAAAUCAAGUAAGCCUGGAAAACGUCGCUGGACUGUUGGAGAAAUCAGUCUGUCUGUGCUGCUGCUGUUGGUCAGCUGUGCCUUGGCUGGGAUUGUAGUCCUCUACACAUCACUUGUGAAAGAACAAUCUAACAGGCCAAGUGUGUCGAGGAGCUCAACAGGUGAAGACCAGCUGUUUCGCUCCAACCUCAACAAUGUGUGCACAACUGCGGACUGUGUUACCGCAGCGGCUCGACUCUUGCAGAACAUGGAUAAGUCUGUAAAGCCUUGUGAUAAUUUCUACCAGUAUGCCUGCGGGGGUUGGCUGGAGCGCCAUGUUAUUCCAGAGACCAGUUCUCGUCACAGUGUCUUUGACAUUCUGAGGGACAAGCUGGAGAUUGUCCUCAAAGGUGUUCUCGAAACAGAGAAUGAGCAAGACCGGGACGCUAUCAGGAAGGCUAAAACUCUUUACAACUCCUGCAUGAAUGAGAGCCUCAUAGAGCAGCGCGACUCUCUGCCACUUCUCAAGCUCAUUGAGAGCACUGGAGACUGGCCUGUGGCAUCAGACGACUGGAACACCACUACGGAAGAAGCAUGGAGCAUUGAGGACACACUGGCUGUGCUUAAUGCUUAUUUCCACAAGAAGGUUCUGCUGGACAUGUAUGUGUGGACAGAUGAUCGGGAUUCUCGACGCCAUAUCAUUUAUAUUGACCAGCCGGGACUUGGAAUGCCAUCAAGAGACUAUUACUUCAACGACGGGAACUACAAAAAGGUUCGAGAGGCCUACCUACAUUUUAUGGUUUCUAUUGCAAAAAUAACCAGAGAGGAUAGGAACUUGACUCAGGACGAUGACCGUGUGUGGGAGGAAAUGAUGCAAGUGCUGGAGCUGGAGACAGACAUCGCCAAUGCCACAUCAACGGCAGAAGAGCGCCAGGAUGUUACUGUUCUUUACAACAAGAUGACACUCGGUGAACUACAGAACACAUUCAGCCUGAACGGCUUUAACUGGACACGAUUUAUUCAUGGUGUGCUGUCAAGUGUAUCUAUUGAGGUCCAGCAAGAGGAGGAGGUGGUGGUGUACAGCUCUCCCUAUCUUGACAAGAUGAAUGACGUUCUGUCCAGACACAGUGUCAGAACUAUGCAGAACUACCUCACCUGGCAGCUCAUCAUUGACAGAGUUAACAGUUUGAGCCGUCGAUUCAAAGAUGCUAGAGCCCGCUACCGGAAGGCACUCUAUGGGACCACAGUGGAGGAUGCUUGGUGGAGAGAAUGUAUCCGUUAUGUCCAGAGCAGCAUGGAGAAUGCAGUCGGAGCCUUGUACGUGCGUGAGACCUUUGCUGGAGAAAGUAAACGAAUGGUCAAACAUCUCAUCAGUAAGAUCCAGGCAGCAUAUGUAGAAACACUGGAAGAGUUAAGCUGGAUGGACGCACCCUCAAAAGAGAAAGCAAGAGAGAAGGCCAUGGCAAUCAAGGAGCAUAUUGGUUAUCCAGAUCAUAUUCUACAGGCAAACAAUGAGAAACUUGACCUGGAGUAUGCUCAUCUAAACUUCAGUGAAGAACACUACUUUGAGAACAUCCUUGAGAACCUGAAGUCUGAAGCACACAAGAGUCUGAAGAAGCUCAGAGAACCAGUUGAUCCAGACUUGUGGAUCAUUGGUGCUGCUGUGGUGAAUGCGUUCUACUCACCCAACAGAAACCAGAUAGUGUUUCCUGCAGGAAUCCUACAGCCGCCUUUCUUCAGUAAACAUCAGCACCAGGCCCUUAACUUUGGUGGAAUAGGAAUGGUUAUCGGACAUGAGAUCACACACGGAUUUGAUGACAAUGGACGUAAUUUUGAUAAGGAUGGUAAUAUGCUAAACUGGUGGAGUAAUUACUCUGCUGAGCACUUCAAAGAGCAGUCACAGUGUAUGGUGGAACAAUACGGCAACUUCAACUGGAAGCUAGCAGGUGGACAAAAUGUCAGUGGAAUCAGCACUUUAGGGGAAAACAUUGCUGACAAUGGAGGGGUUCGUCAAGCAUACAAGGCUUAUCUAAAGUGGGUGGCGAUGGAGGGUGAGGAGCCUCGUCUACCUGGUCUAGAUAUGGAUCACAAGCAACUUUUUUUUCUUAACUUUGCCCAAGUGUGGUGUGGUGCUUAUCGCCCCGAGUAUGCCAGCCAGUCCAUCAAGACUGACUCACACAGUCCCUUAGAAUACAGGGUGCUUGGAUCUCUCCAGAAUUUUGAAGCGUUCUCAGAAGCUUUCCAGUGCCAAAAAGGCAGCCCAAUGAACCCUGAGCUGAAGUGUCGUGUAUGGUAGAAGGUUUUGUUUGUGUGAUAUUUCUUAAUUGACACAGGCAAAACUCAGAUUGAAAGAACAAGUUGUAUUCUUUAAACCCACAGAGACAUCAUGCUUAAGACUUAUUCCAGUUUAUUUUGGGUCGAAUAAUGACACAAAUAUUUGCAAAUACUGUGGAUGUUUUUAAAAUGGAGCACAUCUUGCAGUACACCGUACUUUCAAAACCUGAAAUAUUUUUUAAAAAAGAAACUUGCCUGAGUAUCUUCUCAAAGUCUGAAGUGUUGUCUCUGGAUUUGUAGGUCACUUGUUCUGUUUUGCUGUGUACCGCAACAGAUGAGGAGUGGGUACAUGAAUGAAAAGGCUACACAGAUAACAUACUGUAAGACCUUGUGUAAAGGUUAAAGCUUAUAACUGGCUUUAAAUGCUUUACCAGCCUUUCUUGAGAUAAUCCUUAAAAAAUCUCUAGUGUAGAUCUUUGUGAUUUAUCCACUAACAUUUGGCGCUAAGUUGCCUUGGUGUCCUUUCUCUGAUCUAUUCUUUUCAAGACAUUGUACCAUUUCAGAAGGAACAAUAGUGAACAAUUCUAACCCUGCAUGAAGGGUGAGUAUGAAAUAAAUGAAAACUCAGAGCUUUGCUGAAGUACAGCUACAAUAGAAUUAGUCACACUCAGAGUUUGGUCAUUGACUGAUAGUUGAAACAAAUUACCUAAAGACUUAAAGACUGUUAAAUCUUUGCAGCUUUAUCCUGAAACUAACAUUUGGAGAGAGCUGCAGUUUAGUUUUCAGCAUUUUACCACUUACAGAGUGGUUACAUUUUCAAAGCUUAUUAGCACUUUUUGCAGUUUUAUAUUUCUUUAUCACACUCUGAAAAUGAUUGUUUCUCAAUAAUCACUACAGAAAUGUAUAUGUAUGUCAUGACGGUUUGCUGUGAGAAACCAUAUUCCAGAUGUUUUUAAAAAUCUUGGCGGCCUGCUACUUUUUAGUUAAUCAGAAAGACUAGGCUAGAGAUGGAGCAAUAAUGAUAAAAAAAAAACUAUAUAUACCACUUGAUUGCGUUAUUGAGUACUGCCAAUUUAGAUACAGGUUUGGGUAUACUGUAGGCUGUGUUGUGUAUUUAAAUCCCCCCCUGCCGUUUUCCUGCUUCUAGACAUUUCAUCUUUUACAUGCCUUUGAACGGUCCCAAGUGUUGGGUUGAUAUAUAGCUUUCAAAGCUCCUAUUACCUACUCCUAGCUCCCGUUAUUUACAUUUAUUAAAAUUAUAUCUACAUGUAUAAUAUGUGUAAGUUUACAUUUAACACAACAAAGUUAGCUGAUUUGUAGGGCUGCCCCCUAAUAGUCGACUAGUUGAGUCAUUAGUCGAGAGACCUGUCAGUCAACUGAAACUUUUCUAGUUGAGCCUUUGUUUUUAUUUUAUUAUAUUUUAUUUUUGUCAAACAGUGCAUUACAAUAGAAGGUAGCCCUAGACCGGUAGUUUGUCGUCUUCUUCUCCUCAUUUUGGUGUGCCAAGCAGCAAUUUAUUCAAUUUACUUCCCCCUGUGGUUGGGUUAGGGUAAUACCUACUUCAACUGUGACACUGUCUGAUGCAUGGAUGUACAUUAAGGUCGGAUCUAUUUAGCAAAUUGCAGAACGAGGAGAAAAGGACAACAGAACCCACUGGGACAAGCCACAUAAAGGUGAGAUUUGUACUUUAUUAGAAGUGUUUUCAAACAUUGUGAUCUGCUUUUACUAGAGAAAAGACUGUUGCAACGAUGUGGCUGGUGUUUCAUGGCCUGUUAUGUGAGACUGAUUUGAACCCAACUCCAUUAAAGUGCAACACACAGCCAUUUACCGACUGUUUCUGUGACAUGCAUCCAUCUGAAUGCACAGGGAAAACAUUUCAAUUAAGAAUUAUAAAUGAGAGGAGUCGUUUGCAGUGCCACCUGGCACAUAUCAAAUGCACAGUAACAACGUGCUGGUUAACUGGCAAAAGAUGCUUAUAAGAGCAUUGUUUUAACAGCAAUACAAGUGUGCUGCCUGUCUCAUUAUUCCAACAAAUCCAUAUGGCAGCCCGACAUUAUAUAUUGUCAA